CUUGCAGCCCUUCGGAGAAUGGUGCAAAUUGCAGCCGAAAGAUGCUGCCAAGAUGCCUGAGAGUGCCUGGAAGCUGCUUUUCUACACGUUAUCCUGGUCAUAUGGCAUCUACCUGCUCUUCUUCACAGACUACCCCUUCUUCUACGACCCACCAUCUGUCUUUUAUGACUGGAAGAAGGGCAUGGAGGUGCCUACGGACAUCGCCGUCGCCUACCUGUUACAGUGCAGCUUCUACGGGCACUCCAUCUAUGCCACCGCCUACAUGGACACAUGGCGCAAGGACUCCGUUGUCAUGCUUCUCCACCACGUGGUCACGCUGACCCUCAUAGCCUUCUCCUACGCUUUCAGGUACCACAAUGUGGGCGUCCUCGUGCUCUUCCUGCACGACGUCAAUGACAUCCAGCUGGAAUUCACCAAGCUCAAUGUCUACUUCAAGCACCGGGGGGGAGUCUAUCAUCGCCUCAACGACGUCAUCUCCAACGUUGGCUGCCUCAUCUUCAGUGUCAGCUGGUUCUGGUUCCGUCUCUACUGGUUCCCCCUCAAGGUGCUCUACGCCACUUGCUACUCCAGCCUCCAGUCGGUCCCUAAUAUCCCCUUCUACUUCUUCUUCAAUGCUCUGCUCCUUGUCCUCACUCUGAUGAACAUCUACUGGUUUCUGUACAUCGUCCUGUUUGUGGCCAAGGUGCUGAUGGGGCAGAUGCAAGAGGUGAAUGACGUGCGUGAAUACGACGUGGAGGACAGCAAGAAAACCACAACGGCCAAGAAGAAAGAGGCUGGACUCCAGCUGCCCAGUGCUCUGAAAGAAGGGAUGCACCUGAAGAAUGGACUUGUAAAAGACAAGCGGUUAUAAGGGAAGUGUGGCUGCUGCAGCCUGGGCGGCCUGGCUGGAUCUGGGGACUGACCCAGGACCCUGCACUCAAACCCAGCAAAUGAAAGGCACAAGGAGAACUUCAUCCCCGAUACCCCUUCGUCCCCUGCCCGGAGCCGGGGAAGAGAUACCACUGACAGGAUCAGGCCCCUCCGGGGCUUGCCUGUGACCAGGCUUCACCCGAUGCUGACGUGCUUUCUGUAGCCAGUCUGUGCUGGUUCAGUUGAGAGGCUGGUGGCU